AUGCCAACACCUAAUCCGUCAGAGGCCCCAUCAACUCCUCCAUCCACGGUGCCAUCAACGCCUCCAUCAGCACCACCAUCUGAAGUGCCAUCGUCUCCACCUAGUAGACCACCUACUAUCCCACCGACCCCACAUCCCAGUGAGACCCCUAGUGAGACACCAUCAACGAUUCCAACACCAAGUCCUUCAGAGACACCCUCUUAUACGCCUUCCAGUGUUCCUUCUCCAAUUCCCACAAUACCACCAACGCCUAUCCCCAGCGAACCACCUUCAAGAACACCCUCUGAUGUCCCCUCUUACAUACCCACUCCUAGUCCGAGCGAGGUUCCAAGUGACACUCCAACAACUGAUCCUUCGCCAAUUCCCUCCAACCCACCAAGUGAUGUUCCCAGUACCCCCCCAACAUCAAUCCCAACACCCAUCCCAUCAGAGACCCCAUCAACUCCUCCAUCCUCCCCACCAUCAACCCCACCAUCAACUCCACCAUCUGAUAUCCCAUCAUCUCCACCCAGCAAACCACCAACUACACCACCCACCCCAUAUCCUAGUGAGACCCCCAGUGAGAAACCAUCAACACUGCCAACACCAAGUCCAUCAGAGACUCCUUCUGUUGUCCCUUCUAGUGUUCCUUCUCCUAUUCCCACCACACCACCAACGCCCAACCCCAGUGAGACCCCAAGUGAUAUUCCUUCUCCAAUUCCAUCACCUGUUCCUUCAAGCCCACCAAGUGAUAUUCCCAGUACCCCCCCAUCACCAAUCCCGACGCCUGAACCAUCAGAAACACCAUCAACUCCUCCAUCCUCACCACCCACAACCCCACCUUCAAACCCACCCUCUGAAACACCAUCAUCUCCACCAAGUAGACCACCCACAGUCCCACCAACUCCAAUUCCUAGUGAGACUCCAAGUGACCACCUCAACAUUCCGACCCCAGUCCUUCUGAACACCCUCUGA